UGAACUGAGAGAGAGAAAAAAACUUGCGUUAAUAAGUUUUUUGGUUCAACAAAGCGGGAAUAUAUUAACAAUAAUCACCAGUGAUCCAGCGUCGUUGAAAUUUGACCCAAAAAAAAAAAAAAAACGUGACUCGUUUUCGAGAUGAAAAACUUCGUCGAAACUCAACUUUCUUGGCUCGCCCUUUUUUUUACAGCUUUUUACUCCCUGCUGGCGAGCUGUCGAGGCGAAUCGUGUGGACCUGAUGAAUUGGCCCGAUGUGCAAGACCGUUGCAAAGCCUCUCAAGCGACUGGUCGGAAUUUGUAGCUACGAAGGAACAACUCGACGUAGUUUGUAUAGAACUGUCGUCGGCGAUGUCGUGCAUAAAAAGAUACACCGCUCAAUGCAUGACCGAAACUCGACGACAACACUUCAAUGAACUUUACGUCGACAUGAAUACAGCGAUAAUAGAACUCUGUCAGGAGGGACCUUAUCAAGACAGUUUUCUAAAACACAUGCCGUGCAUGCAACAAGUCAAACCGCAAUUCGACGUCUGUUCGCAUAGGUACACGCACGAGAUGCAGAAGAUGGCUGUUGAGAAGUCCGACAAACCAAUGAUGGACAUUUGCUGCUCGUUCCAAAAAUACCUCGACUGUUCGCAUCGCACGGUUCUGGUGAAAUGCGGCGAGGAUACCGCUGCCUUUACAAAACAAUUCCUCGAUCGAACAUCUUCAUCUCUGAUCAAGAAACAUUGCGAAAAGUUCCCGAUCGCGCAAUGUCCUGCUGAUGCAAAAGCUGGUGCAGGAGCAUCAGCCAAAAACGGAGGAUUAAUUUUAUCGAUAAUUCUACUCACAAUCGGCAGAUACUUGUUGCUCUAAGCUUUGAACGACGAAUCAUCGAAUCAAACAACCAAAAACAAAAAGCAAAUGGAAAAGAAAGGAUGUUCAUCAGUGAAUUAAACGCUGGCACGGCGUUUAAAAAUUGUUACGCCUUAUACAUAUAUAUAUAUGUAUGUAUGUAUGUGUGUAUGUAUGUAUGUAUGUAUGGAUGUAAAUGUACAUUCGACUUCAAUAGGUACGACAGCUAUCGCACAUAAAUAUAAUCGAGCGAUUUUUCGGUACGUCAAGUAAAAUUGUCAAGUUAGUGAAAAUAUGGAAAAACGAAUGAUUCGCAACGUACGGGGAAAUCGCAUUUUCAAAGUAUUUCGUUUAUAAUCGUUUUUAUAAUUUCUUGUUCAUCGUUGCGUUUUUUUUUUUUUUUUUUUUUUUUUAUUUUAUUUAUUUUUGUUUCAUUUUUCAUUUUUUAAGCGAAACAUCGUAUACCUACCUACUAUGUGUAUAUAUACUGAAUAUGUAUAGUUAUCGUAAUUGUUAAUACAUAUUAUUCAGAAAUAAGAAGACAAAGAGAGACAGCGAUAAAGACGAGGAAAAAGAUAGAAAGAAAAUGUAUCGCAUCAAAAUGUAUAUAAAAUUGCCGCGAAUAUUAUACGAAGCGAUCUGCAGCGGGAAAUUAAAUCGUCCGAUAGUUUAUAUUUGU